UAUCAAUCUGUUUUUCCAGAUCACAUGGCCCAAAAAUGAGGCAGAUUCAAAACUCAAGUGGACUGCACGACAAGGAAAAAGCGGGCAGGGAAAUGCCUACCAGUGAAACCUCCCUGGGUCCACCGUGAUGUUUAUAGGCUAUCCAUUCGUUCAUAAGGUUAUUCUUGCUGGGAUGAACUGAAUACACGAAAAUAUUAGCCUGAUCCAAAAUUUAUGUGGCCUCAUGAACGUUUCAGUGGUGGACGUUCAAUCCCUCACCGUUUCCUGUCAUGCAGCCCACUUGAGUUUUUGAUCUGCCUUUUUUGGACCCAUGUCCUAACAUGAUCUGGAAAAAUGAAUGGACGGGGUGGAUUUCUCACAAACAUCACUGUGGCCUGUUGCAGGCAAUCCACAUACCAAAAGAUCAAGCCCCCUCUACAUGGGGCAGUAAAUGGGCUGGGCCGUCCUGUCGGGCUUUCAGGCCUGACCCAGCAAGUCCUCUAGUCAGACGAUUCAAGCCCUUUGCUGAUCAGAUGGGCUAGGGUUGAUGGCCAUCGGACCCUUUCGAUCAUGGUCAUGGUUUAAUAGGGGCAAAACGGGCGAAAGGGUUUGGACGCCUAGAGAGAAAAGAGCGAUGAUGCAGAGGAGGGCAUUUAGGGAAAUUCUUCGGCUUAGGAUAUCCCCACCGUUCCGAUGCGAGCCUUAUUCCUACUCCGCAACAGGCACGGAAGAUGCCCGGUAUGCGGACGUUCCGAAACCGCGACGGAGAAAAUCGGAACGGAAGCCAUAUCCAACGCCGAUGAAAGUGCUGAUACGAAGGGCGAAGGAGGAGAAGGCGGCGAGGAAGGCCGAACCGUGCAGGAUCCUCCAACCGCCUGAGAACGGAUUACUCGUUCCUGAACUCGUCCACGUGGCUCGUCGGGUCAACCAAGCCAGGGAAUCGCUCCUCGAUGGCCUGUCUAAGCUCGCUGGGGUGGUCGUUCCUGUGAAGAGGUGCAGGUACUGCUCUGAAAUUCACAUUGGCCAUGUGGGCCAUGAGAUACGGACUUGCUCGGGGGCCAAGAAUGGCCUCAGGAACUCCACUCAUGUAUGGAGGACCGGAUGCCUCGCGGACAUGGUGUGCUUUCCCUAUUGCUAUCAUCUCCAUGAUAGAGUGGGAAAGCCAAGGGUGGGCCAUGAUGAAAGAUUCCAAGUUAAACGACUCCCUGCAAUUCUAGAGCUGUGCAUACAAGCCGGUCUGGAUCACGAAGACUAUCCGACAAGAAGAAGGACAAAACCAGUUUACUCGAUCGAGGGAAGGAUAGUCGAUUUCGAGCCGGAAAUGGAACAUGAGGAUGUCGAAGGGGCCCCACAAGCAGAGGAUCCCCUUCUGUCCUUUCAAUCCAACAGUGGCGAUCAGAACUCUUGUCACUAUGAAGAGAACUCAAAUGAGUUGAGCGUGAAGACACUGGAGUCGUGGCUUGAAAUGAAAUCAGGAGCUGAGCUGAUGAUGAAAACUUACAGUGUAAAAACCUGUGGAUACUGCCCUGAAGUUCAGGUGGGGCCCAAAGGACAUAAGGUGAGGAUGUGCAAAGCUGCAAGGCAUCAGUUUAGGAAUGGCCUGCACGCGUGGCAGGAAGCUACUAUCGACGAUUUGAUCUGGCCAAACUACGUGUGGCAUGUGCGGGACCCACAUGGCCCGACUUUAGCUAAUGAGCUGAAGAGGUACUACGGGAAGGCGCCUGCAGUUGUAGAGCUGUGUAUGCAGGCUGGGGCACCGGUCCCAGAUGAGUAUCAGAGUAUGAUGAGGUUGGAUGUGGUUUCUCCUGACCGCGAUGAAGUCGAUCUUGUAGCUUGAAAAUUGUACUUGUGUAGCAAUUAAGGGAGGAAAUUGUUCCGAAAAUCAGCAAACGUAUAUUAUAUUGUCAUAUCA